UUCGAACUUCUUGCAGUCUAUCAUAGACCUAAUUAUGAAAUCGCCGUCCAACUGAAAUCUAAGCUUCAAGUUACUUAAUUAAUGUUCUAAUCGUGCUCGACGUCUUCUGAGAGUGAGCGACCUAGGAAAAAAUGUCACAAAUAUCAGAAUACCGUGGCCCGAAGAAGAAGAAUCAGCCUUGCCUUUACUUUUCAAAAGGAUACUGCAAAUUCUCGGCCGCUGAAUGCCGGUUUGUCCAUGCAAACAAGGACAAGGAAAGUGGCCCGGAUUCAGGCCCGUGGAGGGACUUAGAUCGAUUCGAACGGUCCCUGAAGAAGGGUGGUUCUGAUUAUUGGGAUCCCGAUAUCACCGCCGAAAAAGCACCAAAGCCGAAACGAUAUAUCAAGAAAAGCAGGCUUGGCGCCUUUACCAGGGAUCCUUCUCCAUCGAAUACUAGGAAAAUAGACGAUAAUGAAGGAAGGGACGAGAGUCACAACGAUGAUAAAGCGGAAGAAAGGUCUGAAGUAUCCGAAGCUGCACCAGCGCAGGGCUCGAUUCCACCACCGUCAUCAGGCACAGCUCCGGUUUUAGCGCACGAUGCCUCUCCAGAGGACUUUCCAUUGUUGGAUCUUGAAAAGCCUUCCAUGGAUCAGAUUAUCGAUGGGCCCUGGCUACUACAGCGCGACGAAUUCAAAGUCGCUGACUUGGUCCGCGCCAUCUUGCAGCCGCUUUCACUCCCCACCAUUCGUACAUAUCUGAAUUCGCGUACAGAGCAUGAAAUACGCUAUAUCAUCAACAAUCCGUACAAAGGCCGCGCGGCAAUAUUUUAUGCGGUGCAGGUCAAUAACCAACACUUGGUCAGGUUACUCGUGGAGAAGGGUGCAGAUCCAAAUAUCAGAAGUCAGGACAGCGAAAACAUUCCCUUGCUCGGUUGGACAAUCCUGCGGAAUCGACCGGACUCUGGUAGGCUUGUGGCCACGUUAUUGACUCUUGGUGCCAGUCCAGAAGUCAUACCAGGUACCAUGUACAAGGAUAUUUUGAACAACCCAUCCAAUGUCAAUUUCGAGGUUACGCCAGAGACCCGCUGGUGCAGCAAUCUCUUCUUAAGAAAAAGACUGACAGAUUCAUUACAUCUUUCUCAUCGAUACCUGCUAAGAAAUGCUUCCAGACGAGGCCCAAUCCCUCCCCGUCAAGUUCAGGUAGCUCGUGCGUUGGAGCUCUCCGGGCUCUUCAGUGUCCCAUAUUAUAUUGUUGGUCAAGAACAUGCCAUCAACCUGGUUCACAAGGGCAUACUUUCGCAUUUCAGUCGCGAGAGUUAUCAGCCCUUGCUGAUGUUGUUCUCGGGACCUUCGGGACAUGGCAAGAUGGAGUUGGCUAGGCAAAUCUCUUAUGAGCUCUCGGCUGAGCUUCUCGUCUUGGAUGGCGCUCAUAUGAAACAAGAUGCAGAAAUUCAAGGAAUCACAGCUUCAAAUGAUAAGAAUGAGGUUAUCGCCAACCUGAAUGACCAUCUGGUGAAACAUGAUGGAAAGACAAGCAUCGUCUUUAUUCGAAAUUUCGACAGGACGCCUGCUGAGGUCCGAGAAUGUCUCCUCUCGUUCAUUGAAGAACUGGAGUACAAAAAUACCCAACACUCACGCAAAACAGUCGACUGCGGCAGGGCCAUCUGGAUAUUUUCGAGUAACAAAUGCGACCAUGACAUCCAAGCAUUUUAUCAAGCGAAUGCGAACCUUGAUGGAAGCCUUUCUGCUGGAUCUACUACCAGGAUAAUUAAUACGAUCAAAGAAGCAACACUGUCUCACUCUGGGGCCUCUCUUACCGAGCGCAUCAGCGUCGUUGCUCCCUUUUUCCCCUAUUCUGAAGAGGAACAGGCCGUUCUUGCCCACAAGCUCAUCUUAAGCCUAGUCUCCGAGCUUUCGCAGCCGAUUGAUUUUGCAAAACGGCGCUUCAUUGGCCAUAUUGAUCUGCAAAUCCGCAAUGGAAGUGGCCACAUUUCAGGGGAUAGGGCAGGAAACGGUGGCUCCGGCCCGAAUGGUGACGGAGCCAUAUGCGCCCUUCUGGCACGCCGAAAUUAUAAUUUCAGCCUCGGUGCUUGGGCAUUAAAGCAAGCUAUUGACCACAGUAUCAGAGCUCCUCUCAUCGAUCAGUAUCUUAACGAAAGUGAAGAUGUCAUUGAAGGGAAGCCGAAUGCAGGGUCAAAGACGGUUUUCGUGGUUGAACAUCGAGCUCCAACACAGGAAAAGCGAGAGGACAUUGUCGUUGUCAAAGGGGCAUCCAGCGCGGACAUCCAACCGCAGCUCGCAGCGUCCUUUCUUCCUUCCGAACCCAUACUCCCUGCUAAAAGAGCUGCAAAAUUUGAGCGAGCUGCUGAACCUGCCCCAGUACCAGCGUUAAAAUCCCCACCAGCGCCCGUUUCUGAACCAGCUGAUGAACCAAUUGAUGAUCUGGCUGAUGAACCUGCUGAUGAACCGGCUCCUGCUCCUGCUCCUGCCCCCGCACCUUUUUCUUUCCGAUUUCCGCCUGCAAAGGUCUCGCGUCCCGCCCCACCUUCCAAACUUGCCACUUCUGCACCACCAGCAAUCACAGAUGAUAUCGAUGAAGAUGAUGAUGACGAUGCUGCGGAGUACACAGAGAGUAUCUUCAGCAACGAUUUCAGCAAGCGUCUUCAGAAAUCCCUUGAUCGAAAUGAGGUUGUCGGAGGUCCAAAAGUUGCUGACGAAUCUGACCAAGCCGAGGAGCCUGAAUGGGCGAAACCAUCAAGUCCCAAGAGGCGUACAAUCCUUGAAAAGUCCGACUGGCGCAGUGCCCCCAAACCUAGUCUCUCGAAGAGUCGAUUUGCAGAGAGCAGCAGCGCCAAUGGCUCAGCUAAAGACAGUAAUUACAGUCAUGCCAACGGCACCAAAGAAUCCUCUGAGAGCGACAACAAGAGUCAAGACGACGAAAUCAAGGAGCAGGAGGACACCGCGUACAGUACCUACCUUCCCCCGACUAUAAUUGCUCCUGCAGCGGCACCGCCCACAUUCGAUCCACCGCGUAUGCCGGCGAGCAUGCGCGCCGCAUCUCAAAAUUCCAAGACUGGUCGCACGAACAACAAUCUCAACAGCGCCGUCGACGAUGAUGAUGCCAAGUCCUUGGUGUCCUCCACGUCUGGAAAAUCAGCCAAAUCAGAAAAAUCGGCAAAAUCAGCAAAUUCAAUCCAGUCCAACAAAUCGAGCAAAUCCAACCAUAACACAGCCAGCGGUCAGCUCAAGGUGGAGCCCGCCAAUAUUACUGCUGCACGAGAGUGGCGACCCGACGUCCAAGAUUUCAAACCAAGUUUCCAAUUCAGUGCCGGCGCAAAAGAAUGGACUCCUCACGGCGGCAAUAGCUGGAACAAUAGCGGUAAUGAGAAUCGGGCUGAACAAGCCGAAUUUGCCGAAAACUUGGAUGACACGGACGGGUUCAAUCCAGACGAUAAAUAUUUCGGCCUCGACGGCGCCGCAGACGACUUUGACCCUGUCCCCCACGCAGAAGAUUUCAAUCCUAUCGCCAGUGUUCCCCUUGCGCCUUCUAGCACCUUUGCUGCCGAAUGGUUCGCCGAGCCUCCUGCUUCUUCAACUUCUGCCGGUAAUGCCGGUGACUCCAAUAGCGCCGCUCCCACUGGUCCUGCGGAAAAGAACACAACAACAAAGACCAAUGGAAAUAAAAGCGGCGCCUCAAAAUGGGAGCCCAAAUCAAAAUGGGAGCCCAAACCAAAAUGGGAACCAAAAUCAAAACCAAAACCAAAACAACAAGAGUCGACCUUUGGCUUCGAUUCUGACAUGAUUGGCUACCAAGACAUUCAUGGAUCAACGGGCUACCAGGCUAUCGUCGAAGACGACAGUCUCUGGUGAGAUCCACGAUUUCCUAGCCCGUGGGUGAUAUAAACCAUCUUACCUCAGGUAUAAUCUUUGCGAGAUAUCUCAUAAAUUUCGGCGCUUUGCUAGUCUCUAAAAAAUUUCGGCCAUGUAUAGAUCUUAGAGCGAUCAAAAUCUUUCAAAUGUCCCCCU